CUCCCGGCCACUGCUCUCUCCUCUCCCUCUCCCGGCCACUGCUCUCUUCCAUAUCUCUCUAUUUUUUAUCUCUUGUGAUUUCUAGUUGUUGCGACCUGUUUGUAGUUUGAGCAAUGUGUAAAAUGGUUGUGAAACUGCUGUAAUUUUACAGAUGGCCAGGAAUCGAACAAAUUUGUUAAUUUGGGCGGCAGCGGCUUCCAUGUGGAUAUGCAUGGCUUUCGUUGUUGUUGUGACGGGCCAGGCACAACCGGGCCAAGCCCGCUGGGCUUUCGGGCUUUCCGAAAAAGCCCGGCCCGAUGGCCAUGUAUACUCUCCGUCUCUCCCGGUCUCCCCCAUCCCCCGAUUCUCUUCUCCGAGAAGCAGAAGGAGCUGGCCGGAGAAAUCUCGGCGGCGACGGCGCUGCAGGUCUGCUUCACGCGGGGAAGACUUGGGCCAAGAUCAUGGCAAGCCUUGCUGAUUCUUUCUUGGCUGAUCUUGACGAACUGUCAGACAAUGAAGCCUACCCUGAAGAAGACAACGCCGAGGCUGGGGGUGCGGAUGAGGAUAGUGAUGAUGAUAUGCCUGACCUCGAGUCUCUUAAUUACGAUGAUCUUGACAGUGUUUCGAAGCUGCAGAAGACACAACGUUAUAAUGACAUAAUGCAAAAAGUAGAAGGAGCACUUGAGAAAAGCACAGACUUAUCUAAUCAAGGUUUCAUACUAGAGGAGGAUCCAGAGUAUCAGCUUAUUGUCGAUUGCAAUGCUUUAUCAGUAGAUAUUGAGAAUGAGCUCAUUAUAAUCCAUAAUUUCAUACGUGACAAGUAUAGGCUGAAGUUUCCUGAACUGGAAUCCCUUGUUCAUCAUCCAAUUGAUUAUGCCCGUGUUGUUAAGAAGAUCGGAAAUGAGGUGGACUUAACUCUUGUAGAUCUGGAAGGGCUUUUACCUUCUGCAGUUAUAAUGGUUGUCUCUGUGACAGCAUCAACAACUAGUGGGAAGCCCCUUUCUGAGGAGAAUUUGUUAAAAACCAUUGAAGCAUGUGACAGAGCUCUUAAUCUUGACGCUGCAAAAAAGAAGGUGCUUGAUUUUGUAGAGGGCAGAAUGGGUUACAUCGCACCAAACCUGUCUGCCAUUGUUGGCAGUGCUGUUGCUGCAAAACUGAUGGGAAUUGCUGGUGGUUUGGGAGCACUUGCAAAAAUGCCUGCUUGCAAUGUUCAAUUACUCGGAGCAAAGAGGAAAAAUCUUGCUGGAUUUUCUACUGCCACAUCUCAGUUUCGUGUUGGCUAUCUUGAGCACACUGAAAUAUUUCAGAGCACCCCUCCAGCCCUGAGGACCCGUGCUUGCAGACUUAUAGCUGCAAAGUCAACUCUAGCAGCAAGGAUUGAUUCAAUUAGAGGUGAUCCAACUGGAAAAGCUGGUCGGAACUUGUUGGAAGAAAUUCGUAAGAAGAUCGAGAAGUGGCAAGAACCACCUCCUCCUAAGCUUCCAAAACCACUUCCUGUUCCAGACUCUGAGCCUAAAAAGAAAAGAGGGGGCCGCCGCCUUCGAAAAAUGAAGGAAAGAUAUGCGGUGACUGAUAUGAUGAAGCUUGCAAACCGAAUGCAAUUUGGUAUACCGGAGGAGAGCUCAUUAGGUGAUGGCUUGGGUGAAGGUUAUGGCAUGCUUGGGCAGGCCGGUAGUGGAAAACUACGCGUGUCAGCUGCGCAAAACAAACUUGCUGCUAAAGUGGCCAAGAAAUUCAAGGAGAAGAGCUAUGGUAGCAGCGGCGCGACAUCUGGACUGACAUCUAGUUUGGCCUUCACACCAGUUCAGGGAAUAGAGCUGUCGAACCCGCAGGCCCAUGGGAAUCAUCUUGGAAGUGGUACCCAGAGCACCUAUUUCUCCGAGACCGGCACAUUCUCAAAGAUCAAAAGGACCUGAGAUCAGAAGUUUGAAGAUCAAAAGGACCUGGGAUUAGGAGAGGAUGGUUCCUUGGUCCAAGCAAUUUAAUCAUCCCAUUCUGUGCACAAUUAUCAGGAGCUCUUGGGAUGCACCUCUAACACAGAACCUGCUUGUAAUAUUCUCAAUGAGUUGAGGCACAAACUCUGGAAACUUUUGCAGUGGUUUGGAACAUAAGUACAGUGCGCUAUAUAACAUGUUUUCCCUGCAGUUGUUACUGAUUAUUGUUGAGCUGUCUUGUACGAGAUUGCUGCGUUCCAAACAUAUGCCUUGACGUGUUAUCAUCAUCGUGUCUCAUGCUAUUGGAUUCUUGCAACCUCUGCUGAGGUUCCAUUACCCUGCAAAGCAAGUUGAGCUCAAGAAAUAUAACUGCAUGCUUUUU